GCGCCGCACGCUGCGUACUUGUUUGGGCGGGAACAGCAAAAUGGCGCCAGAACCAGUGGCGGGCUGAGGACACCGGCCCUCGUCGGAAGCCGGCCCUGCGGUCCCCGGGCCGCCCCUGCCGCGCGCCCGGCGCCUCCGGACAUGGAGGACGUGGAGGCGCGCUUCUCCCACCUCCUGCAGCCCAUCCGCGACCUCACCAAGAACUGGGAGGUGGACGUGGCGGCCCAGCUGGGCGAGUAUCUGGAGGAGCUGGACCAGAUCUGCAUUUCUUUUGAUGAAGGCAAAACCACCAUGAACUUCACUGCAGCUGCGCUGCUGAUCCAGGGGUCUGCCUGUGUGUACAGUAAGAAGGUGGAGUACCUGUACUCGCUGGUCUACCAGGCUCUGGACUUCAUCUCGGGCAAGAGGCGGGCCAAGCAGCUCUCCUCGGUGCAGGAAGACGGGGCCCAAGGGGACCCCAGCUCCGGGAUCCCCCAGGAGCCGGGGGACGAGUUCCUGUCGCUGGAAGACUUCCCUGACUCCCGGGCUAAUGUGGACCUGAAGAACGACCAGGCACCCAGCGAGGUGCUGAUCGCCCCCCUCAUGCCCAUGGCCCUGGUGGCCCCUGACGAGUCAGAGAAGAGCAGCAGCCCCCUCUACAGCCGGCAGGGGGAGGUCCUGGCCAGCCGGAAGGACUUCAGGAUGAACACGUGCACCCCCCACCCCCAGGGGGCCUUCAUGCUGGAGCCCACAGGCCCAUCCCCCACGGAGGCCCUGCUGCCAUGGAGCCAGAAGGACGCCGGGAGGGCUGAGGAGCAGCCGAUGGAGGUCUCUGCCCCUGUGCUCAGCGCCCCCCAGGAGCCAGAAGACCUGGCGCUUGGAGACGAGGACGAGGAGGCAGCAGAGGCAGCUGAGCCCCCUGGGGCCACAGCCCCCACGUCCCCUCUGGAGCCCAAGGAGCCCGGGAGUACACAGCAGAGUGCUGCCCAGCCCCGGAGGUACAUGCUGCGAGAGCGAGAGGGAGUCCCUGAGCCUGCGCCCCAGCCAAAGGAGGCUCCGGACCCAUGGCAGAGCCUGGACCCCUUCGACUCCCUGGACUCCAAGCCCUUCAAGAAAGGCCGGCCCUACUCCGUGCCCCCCUGUGUGGAGGAGGCCCCGGGGCAGAAGCGCAAGAGGAAGGGGGCCGCCAGGCUGCAGGACUUCCGCCAGUGGUGCCUCGCUGCCUAUGCUGACGGCAGGAAGCCACGGCGGAAGGGCCCAUCCUUCGCAGACAUGGAGGUCCUGUACUGGAAGCAUGUGAGGGAGCAGCUGGAGACGCUCCGGAAGCUGCAGAGGAGGGAGGUGGCGGAGCGGUGGCUGCCGAGGGCUGAGGAGGGGCUGUGGCCUGCAGGGGAGGAGCACCUGGAGGAUUCCCUGGAGCACCUCGGGGCUGCAGAUGAUUUUCUGGAUCCUGAGGGAUACUUGGAGCCUGAGGAGGCAACACCGCCAGAAGCAGCUGGCCUGGAUGCAGAAGCUGGGCCAACAUCCUUGAGCUACGAGGAACUGGUUCGAAGGAAUGUGGAGCUCUUCAUAGCCACCUCCCAGAAGUUCGUCCAGGAGACGGAGCUGAGUCAGCGCAUCCGAGACUGGGAGGACACCAUCCAGCCGCUGCUCCAGGAGCAGGAGCAGCAUGUGCCCUUUGACAUCCACAGCUACGGGGACCAGGUGGUCUCUCGGUUCAGCCAACUUAAUGAGUGGUGUCCCUUCGCCAAGCUGGUGGCUGGCCAGCCUCCCUUCGAGGUGUGCCGCUCCAUGCUGGCCUCCCUGCAGCUGGCCAACGACUACACGGUGGAGAUUGCCCAGCAGCCGGGGCUGGAGGUGGCUGUGGACACCAUGUCCCUGAGACUGCUCACGCACCAGCGAGCCCACGCACGCUUCCAGACCUACAGCGCUCCCUCCAUGGCCCAGCGCUGACCAGGUGGCAGCCAAGACUCGGGUUGGGGCCUGGGAGCCCCUUCCCCCAGGCUUGCUGCAACGCAUGCACCUGUUCCUCCCAGCCCAAUAAAGUGGCCCCUGCCAUCCCACCCACUCCAA